UUCGCGACAGCCAAUAAAAGUAAUUAGUGAUGCUCACGCUGCUGCCGUUAUGUGUCUUGCUGUUCAUCCCACCCUUCCAUAUCUUUUGUCAUCAUCUCAUGAUAAUACAAUCAAGCUCUGGAACUGGGACUUGGAUUGGUGCCUUCUUCGGGUUUUUGUAGGGCAUUCUGCUUCUGUUGUGCACGUCACGUUCAAUCCCAAAGACGACAAUACUUUUGCUAGUGCAUCACUUGACAAUACCACAAAAAUAUGGAGCCUUGGUUCUCACUCUCCACAGUGUACUUUAGGUGGAGAGGAACAUCAAGAAGGACAUCUUGAUGGGGUAUUGUGUGUAGACUACUUUACUCUUAGCGAUAAACCGUACCUUAUCACUUGCUCGGCUGAUCAGACUGCUAAGGUGUGGGACUACCAAACUAAGAGAUGCCUUGAGACACUUAAAGGUCAUACUAACUCUGUUGCAGCAGUUUGUUUCCAUCCAGUGAUCCCAAUAAUUAUUACAGUAUCCGAAGAUGCAACUGCCUUCAUAUGGCUUGCCACCACGUUCAGGCUUGAGAAAACAUUGAAGUUGAGGUCUAACUCGAGAUGUUUUGCUAUCGGACACGGGACUGGUUCAUACCAGGCUGUGUUUGGUUGCAACCGUGGACCCGUUUUGAUGGAAUUUAGCCUUGAAAUACCAUUGGCUAGUAUGGACAAGAAGGGGACAAUUGUUUUUGCUAAACACAGGGAGAUAUAUGUUGGGAGUGCCGCAGAUAAGGGUACUGGUAUUGAGAGACCCUGUUGGGGUUAUGAGGAAAAACUUUGGGAUUUUGAGGGACACCAUUGGGUUUUUAGGCAUUUGCUAACAACCUGUGAUUUUUAUCCUGAAAGCUUAGAGCACAGCCCUGAUGAUAGGUCUGUAGUUGUUUGUGGAGAUGGCAAGUACAUUAUUAUCAACAAUUCCUUACCACGGAAAGUUGCAUCAUCUGGCUCGGCACUGGAAUUUGUUUGGUCCUCUAAGGGGGGACAUGCUGUCAAGGGAGAUUCGUCACAAAUCGAGAUCUUCAACAAGAACUUCGAUGUUCGUGAUUCC